CAGAUACCGGUGUGUCAAUAAAACAAUAUACUUUAUGGUAUGAAUUGCUGUCAAUAGUAAAGAGCAUUUUUGGCACUGUCCAGUUGUACUGGACCUUCACCCCAAAACUGUUUUAUGUUUACGACGCAUGAAGAUGUAGAAAUACAAUAAACAAAUAAAAUGACGUAUUUAAUGCGACAUAAUAAUAUAUAUCUUCGAACAUGAUUAAAUCUGGUUUAGUUACUUUAUGUCGCAAGUUAGAAGGGUUUAUUAUUGAGAACUGAUAUGAAUUCUGUACAAAAAGACGACUGCUCCUUGUCACCAAUCAGUAUUGAUCUCAUUGAACCAAAUUUGUACCUUGGAGGUCUGUGUGCCGCUAAAGAUGUAAAUACCCUUGUAAAAUAUAAAAUAAGCCAUAUAUUAACAAUUGACAUAUGUCCGUUACCUCGAAAAAUUUUGGAAUUGAAAAACAUCACCACCAAGUAUAUUCAACUUUCUGACCAACCAAAAGAAGACUUACUGAGUCAUUUUGAUGAUACAGAAGCUUUUAUUACAGAAGGAUUAACGAAAGGAGCGGUUUUGGUUCAUUGUUAUUUUGGUGUCUCUAGAAGCGCUACCGUAGUCAUUGCUUAUAUUAUGAAAAAGUACCAGUUAACUUACAGAGAAGCUUUUGAACAAGUUAAACUCAAAAGAAGUAUAGUUUAUCCAAAUCAAGGUUUCAUCUCACAGUUAACUCUGUAUAAAGAAAUGAAUUAUAAACUUGACCCUAACAACAUGAAAUACAAGAUAUUUAGGUUAAAUAUAGCUGCUGAUCAAGUCCGAAAAGUAAAGAUUUUACCACAGACUUUUAUGGAUUUGGUAAAAUUUGAUCCAGGAUUAACUCAGACACAACCAGAACCAAAUGUCUAUCGUUGCAAGAAAUGCCGUAGAGUUCUAGCUUCAGAAUCAAAUUUAAUCACUCACAAGAUAAAUGGUGACGUUUGUACCAAAACGUAUUUCUUAGAACCGCUGGCUUGGAUGAAUGUUACACAAACUACUCAAGAGAAGCUGUACUGCCCCAAAUGCAGCGCAAAAGUUGGAUCAUUUAGUUGGAUUAUGGGGUGCCAGUGUCCAUGUGGCGUUAAGGUAGCCCCUGCCUUUUACCUAACACCAUCCAAAGUAGAUUUUACCAAUGUUGUUAAAAAUGUUGAAAUGACCUUUUAAGUACCUGAAUAAUCUCUAUUUUUUUAUGUUUCUAUAUGCCUUUUUAGUAUUUCUUGUGACAAAAUUUAGUGAGAAUUAAGUGUUCUGUAUGUAUGAAUGUCUUCCAAUGACAAUGUUACGUUUAGUUCUGAUUAUUGUAAAGUACGUAAAUAUAAUAUGUUAAAUUAUGGCUGUUAACUUAUACCUAAAGUAUUUAUUAAAUCAUAUAAUGCUGAACCUUAUCAAAACGAUAUAAAUAUUUAAAUGCAUAUUAAUCACUUCUAAUGAUAUAUUAUACAGGAUGUUUCAUGUCAAAUAAACUUCCAAAUUAAGGUGCAUGUAUUGAGCUGUCAGUUACGCGCACGUUUUUUCAAAAAUUUGACAAUACUAUCAGUGAUGAAUACUAUUAGCGGUCUUUUUUAAAGUAUGUAAGGCACAGUUUUAGAAAUUUCGAUUUUUUUUUUUAAGUAUGGAGCGAUAAUGAACCCAAAUUUUAAUCACUGAUGUAUGUGCAUGGCCAACUGACCAGGUUUGAAAAGCAGACUUUACUAAUUGCAAAGGAGAAUAUUAUUGAAAAACAAUUGUGUUAGUCAAAAAAAUAAAAUCAGGCAUAGCCCAAUUAAAAAAAUGUGUUUUCAUUUUCGGCAAAAUAUAAACGCUAACGUUCAAGUUGAUGUUCUGAAAUACACAUUUUUUGUAGAUUUUUCCCAUUACAACCUGCAAAUAUAGUUUUGACGUAAUUUAGUCAACCAGUUGAGACAAAACAUCCUGUAUGCUGAAAAUUACGGGUAAUUAAAAUAGUAAGUAGUAUAUCAAAAUGUAAAUUUGUAUGUACAUAACACAGGACGUUACCUUAGAAUAAUAUUUGUAAUAUAUAAGAAACAGUAAAGUAAAACA